AUGGCAGCUCUUCAAUGCAAUGAGCCCCUUUCGCCGUCAUUCUCUUUCUCAGGCAACCGGAUCAAACACGAAUUCAAUCCCGACGUCAACUCCCUCCCAAGUCCGCCGACGACCAAUGAAGGAGCAGAAGGCAGCCACAAGGAAGAUGACGCUGUCUCUACAAGCAGCCUCUCCGAUUUGGAUGAGACUGUGGAUCUCGAUAUGAAUAUGAAUGAUCUCGACGAACAACUUAACCGACAACGUUUUGAAGAUGCUGCACGCGCGGGCGCAGAGGCUGAACAACAUGCUAAAAUCAAGCCGCACCACUAUGAGGGCGGCGUGCCAGUCUUCCAACCUACUAUGGAAGAGUUUAGAGAUUUCCAAGCAUUUAUGGCUCAGGCCGAUGCCUACGGAAUGCAAAGUGGCAUUAUCAAGAUCGUGCCUCCUGAAGAAUGGAAAGCCGCCCGAAAAGCCCUCGACGACCUGGUAAAGCAUAUCAAGAUCAAGAACCCUCUCACGCAAGAGUUUCAUGGUGCACAAGGUGUUUACACUCAACGCAAUAUGGAGAAGAUCAGGUCCUACAACCUGCCUCAGUGGAAGGCCGUAUGUGAACAAACCGAGAACCAACCACCAGCAAAGAGGGGCGAAAAAAGACUGAAUGCAGAUAAGCUACUGGGAAGAGGUACUAAGAAAAAGACUGAAGGAACACCAACUCCGGAAACUGGGAAGAGGCGAGGACGCCCUGUCAAGAAACGAGAGAGCACAACUGAGCCUGAUACUUCCCUUGUCGCCCCUCUUACGCCAACCAGUCCUGACCUCGAUUCGGUCAAGAUCAAGGUCGAACCUGCUGAAGAUGAAGCCGACGGAGAAGUCAAGCGAGAAGAAACUCUCGGUCCUGCCAAACGUGGUCGCAAGCCCAGAGGACGACAGCCUAGAACUACGACCAAGAAAGAGCCGGGCGCUGGCAAAAGCACUGAGACCACAGUCGCCACCAGGAGACUCAAGAAUGUUGGUGCAGCGUCUGAUGUGAUCGACGAGGAAGCAUUUCAAGACUUUGACUACCGAACCUAUGACCACGAUCAAUGGACCCAAGAACGUUGUGACGAGCUCGAAGAGAAGUACUGGAAAUCAUUGAACUUUAGCAAUCCCAUGUAUGCCGCUGACAUGCCUGGUUCACUCUUCGACCAAGACACAAAAGAAUGGAACGUCGCGAAACUACCAAAUCUCUUGGAUCUCCUCGGUGCUCCAAUUCCUGGUGUCAAUACUGCCUAUCUUUACCUCGGAAUGUGGCGGGCAACUUUCGCCUGGCAUCUCGAGGACGUUGACCUCUACAGCAUCAACUACAUCCACUUCGGUGCUCCUAAGCAAUGGUACAGUAUCUCUCAGAAAGAUGCUCCGAAGUUUGAAGCAGCCAUGAAGUCCAUUUGGCCAUCUGAUGCAAAGAACUGCGACCAAUUUCUUCGACACAAAACCUACCUUGUUUCACCGUCCAUUCUUAAAUCCAAGUAUGGUGUUCAGGUGAAUAAAGUCGUACACCGUGAGGGCGAGUUUGUUAUCACCUUUCCCAUCGGCUAUCAUUCUGGUUACAAUCUAGGUUACAACUGUGCCGAGUCGGUCAAUUUCGCCAUUGAGAAUUGGCUUGAGUAUGGACAAACUGCCAGAAAGUGCCAAUGCGAGGCCGAUAGCGUUUUCAUUGACGUCGAUUGGUUUGUUCGCAGGAUGAACGGUGAGCCAAGUCCUGAAUUCGAGGAAGUCGAGAUUACCGAUGAUGAAGACGAUCAGGACGACGGGGCUGAUCGAUCGACUCCCGCCUCAGGUCGUGGCAAGACAGCCCAGAAACGUAAACGGUCUGUCAAAGACCUGGGGCCCAACAAGAAAGCUAAAAAGAUCGUGAAAAUUCGCAAGAUCAGUAAGCACCAACCUUGCUGCUUGUGUCCGAACGAUCUGGCAUGGGAAGAGCUACUACCAACUACGAAUGGUCUACGUGCUCACAGGGUAUGUGCUAUGUACACGCCCGAGACAUACAUCGCAACCAAAGAUGGUACUGAGAAAGUGUUUAAUGUUGAGAACAUCAGCAAAGCUCGUCUCGAUCUCCGAUGUCACGAAUGCAAGCAGAAGAAAGGCUCAUGCUUCCAGUGCUCGUCUGCCAAGUGCACUCGUGCCUACCAUGCGACGUGUGCUAUGCACGCUGGCGUUCAAGUUGACAAAGGCGAGAUCGCGGUGUGGCACGAAGGUAUCGAAUAUCGCGAUAUUGGCUUUGACUGGCGUUGCAAAUUGCAUCGAACUGUCAAGCGAACUCGCAUCACCAGCGACUUAUCAACCCUGAAUCACACUACGAGAUGGCUAGCUAACAAAGAGCUGCACGAACACAUCAUAGGCCUUGUGCCGGGUGACGCCAUCCAGUGGCAGGCUUCACACGGCGACGAAAUCCAGGCCGGAUUGGUCAAAUCGGCCUUUGACCCAGGCCAAAACUCCAUACUGGUUUCUGUUCUGCCAGAUGUGAAAACCAUUCGCGAAAUUGACCCUGCUUGGAUCUUGUUUGUUGAUAGUUCAACAUCCUGCCUGCAGCGACCUACAGCGAAUGCUCUAGACCUGCCAGAAGACUUGCAAGGUAAAACAGCGCAGGUACCGGGCUCCACCGAAAAGAAGCCUAGCGAGGGCGAUCCAUUCACCGAAGAGCCCAAAACAGAAUGGGCCGAAUUUGUUGUUGAACCUCCACCACACAACAAAUGGCAGAAGAGGACAGACUUGACCAAGCCUAAGCAGAUUUUCUACUACUUGGGUGCAACAUCCACUGAUACUAAAGCACAGUAUACUGCGGAUGCGUUUAAGCCCGUGUAUGAUCCGGCCUGCAAUUUUCUAGAAAAGGUCGAGCCGUCUCGUAUGGCCCCACCUCCACAACCAAAGAGACAUUCAUUGGCUGCUUCUUAUCCAAUGAUAUCUAAUGCUGCACGUAAUGCCACAAUUCAGUUCGUGGGACAACAGAUCAGACAGAACGUCUCACCGGUACCUCGUGCAACAAUGGGACCAAAGAGCGAUUCGAUCUUGAAUGCAGCAAGAGAGAAAGCGCUCGAGCUUGAACGGUCAGGCCUGCCUCCUAAAAAUCCUCAGUAUCGCGAUAUUAUGGCAGCUGCCGAAGCUAGAGCCAACGAGCAGGCUCGGAUCUUACAGCGUCAGCAACAAGCCUUUCAAUACUCAGGGCCAAGCCAGUACUCGAUCCCAAACAAUGGCAUUGGCAUCGACCAGUCUGCAGUUGCUCGACAGAAGCAAUUUCAACAGCAGGCUUCUCAACAGUCUCGAAGCAUGUCAACAGCCUCGCAGCAAGGCUCACCCCAUCACUCACCACCACUUCCACUGUAUACUACCAAUUCACCUAUGACAGCAUAUCGUCCUUACCACAAUGUCGCACCAACUUACUAUUCAAAUGAAAACGCUCGCUACGGCAUGAACGGCAGCUUCACGCCACAAUCUAUGCAAUUCACUCACGACUGGAUGAACCCGCCUGGUCGGUCGCCAACUUUCCCAAGUCCGGCCAUGCCGACAAUGGAAUCCAAUUCACCCGAACUCGGCUUCAAGCAGCCCGCGACCUAUACUCAGUCGCCAACCACGAUGCAGAGUCCGCCGAUGGUAGCCAGCAACAGUCCACCUCAACAAUCGCCAAUUGAGCAGAGGAAUUCUUUUUUAGGGGAUAGUGCCGUCAGUCGAGGCACUGGCGGCACCUCCUAUACCCCAUCCUUGAAAAAGGAAGCCUCAAGCAUAGAAUCCAACAGGACAUCAGGGUCCAAUCUACCACCUCCACGAACUCCCACUGAGAUCGAGCGCCAACGAAGAAUUAGCAAUCCAUCGUGGCCUUUCAAAAGUCCUGAACAAAUUAUGGCUCAGAAAGGUGAGCGUGAGAAGAACGACAGUCAGUCAUCAGGGUCAAGACCAGUAAGCCGACCAGGAAGUGGGUAUUCUACCAAGGCAUUUCCAAGUCCCAGAAUACCACCUCAGUACGGUCCCGAGCUGCAACCGCCAAUGUACAUUAAUCCAACAGCUACACAGCUGUCUUCAUCUGCUGCACCGGUGUCACAUAACCGCGCCAAAAGCAUGAGCGUGAGUGCUGGACUUGGCAAGAUGGGACCACCGGCUCAAUAUCCUGCUAUGCCACCAUUUCGUCGGUCAAUGUCUAGUAACAACCUGACUCCUAUGGAUGGCGACAUAAAGCGUGAACUUGCCGGUCUGCGACAAGAAUUCUUCAAUCAGACCAGCACUAUGUUGCCGACCCUGGGUCCUCACCCUAUGCCACCUCCGUCGAGAAGUAGAAGGUCAACUAUGAACAGUGCUGCUACACCACCAACAGUUGUUGCGCCUAUUGCUCCACCUUCCCCAGAACUUCAGUCUACGCUUGAAUCUCGACCAACAACUCGAUCUGGUACACCCACUAACGAUCGUCCUGUCCCAGAUACGAUAACAUCGUGGCACAGUCAUCCCGGAUUCUGGGGUAAGAUCGCCGCCUACUUCACUCACAAACACGACAGUGCAGCGACAAUAUACAAAUCACCCUUUGGAGUCCUCUCGAAUCCUGAUCUCGCUACCACUGUUGCAGGAAACGAAGCUCUUGGAAGAAUGCAAGGUGCAAGCACUAUUGGUAACGACGGUGGAUUAGCUGGUAGAUGGCUCAGCGACCUCGAAGACUCUAGAAGAGACUUUGUCGAGAGUUGGAAGAUCGAUCACCCUAUUGGCAUGCGACCGUGA